GACCAAACCCACAAAAGUCAGUUGAUCAGUCUUCUCUGUGAUGGUAGGCUUGUUUCUUCAUUUUCUGCUAACUACUACACUUUUCCCCAAAGUGUAGUUAGCUGAGAUAACACAUUGAGGUCCAAACAAAUAAUAAGCGAAUGGAGUUGGACAAAUUGACAAUUUUCUCUCCUUAAAUCCAUCCUCUUCACACACAUCAUUCUUAACCUAUAUUGAGAUAUGGAGAGCUUCUUUAUCAUCCGUUGCUUCUUGUUAUUAUUCUUCUUCUUCAACGGAGCAUUUGCAGCUUCAAGUAAGUUAUGGAGCAUAAGAGAGAUGUCGGAUAUGGCUGGCUACGGGGAACACAAACUCUCAUCCGUAGUUAUCACCGGUUCUCUUCUUUGCAACACCCCUGUUUCAGGUGCAACUGUUGCCAUCAAGUGUCACACUGGACUAAAACAGAGAUCAAAAUGGAUAAAGAGUGUUACUAAUGACUUUGGAGAAUUUGUCAUCCAUCUUCCUUCUCAUCUUCACGCAAUUCCGCAACUCGAAAAAGCAUGUUUCGUCAAACCAAUACAUGUGCCUAAGCACUAUCACAGAUGUUACCACACUUUUUCCAAAUCCAAUAUACACAAAGACAUCAAACUUGUUUCCUCGAGAAAUGGCUUCCGUGUCUACACCUCAGGGACUAUCAAGUUACAUGGAGGACACAGUUCAAGAACAUCCCAACCUCAUAAAGCCAACAUGUAAACACAAGUUUAAAGAAAAACAAAACAGAACACUUGAAGAUUCAUCUUGUGUUUUUGUGUUCCUCUCACUUGUUUAGGUUGGCGCUUCAGUCACCGAACCGAGUUGAGUCUCUUCACAUUGUUAUCGGUUUCAAACAGUGUAAUAGCUUCACCAGUAUAAUUCCAUAUCAUACUUCUGUAUAUCACCAAAUGAAAUGUUAGGAAGCAAUGCACAAACCUAAUUUUACCAACAAAAAAAAAAAGAGGAAAAGAAGACUAAAUUAGGCGACUAAAACCUAAUUUACUCUUGUAAAUGCCCUAGCUAAGUAGUCGUGUGUUCUCCUAGCUCUGUGUGAGAUGAUAAAAUCAUCAAUUCUAUGAACCUUUACAUGGUAUCAAGAGCAAAACAAUCUUUACAAAGUUAUAAACA